UCUUUGCGCCAUGGAUUUCAACCCUAGCUCGAGCUCCACCUCCGAUCCUUCCUCCCUGAAGCUCGCCAUUGCCAUCGCCUUGCUCCGCUCCAAGAACCUCAACUUCUCUUCAUCCCAUUCCGACGCCCAGCGCUGGAGGCAAAAGGCGAAAGAACGGAAACGGGAGAUCCAGCGAUUGCGAGAGGAGUUCAAGCAGCUUGAAGAUGGUAUUAGAGCGGAGGUUGUGCCUCAGAUCGCUGCUUGUAGAUGCCAUUUCUUUGAUGAUUGUGGAAAGCUGAGCCCUAGAUCGGGGCAGAUUGGGCGUGAGGGUCUCUGGAUCGAUGAGGUCCUGAGGAGGAGAUUCUUGAGACUCAUGCGAUGGAAGGAGAGGAGGAGAAAGUUGGAUGACUCCGUUCGGAAAAGGCAUUUUAUUGAGUUAAAUAGCGAAGAUGAGAUUGGAAAACUCAACACAUCAAUUGAUUUCUUAGUGGAACUCAGCAAUGGCAAAUUUGUCGAAAAUGAUUUUUCAUUCAGAGCACUCUCUCAUCAAGCUGUGGACUUCAUUUUAGCCUCGUUGAGGAAUUUGUUGUCCUUGGAGAAGGAGAGUGAGGUCAUUGAAGAAAUGAUAACUGGGUUGAUUUUGAAUAUGACUCAAAGAAUGUGCACCGCCACAAAUGAAGAAUCACUUGCUUCUGCUACUGAUGCUGACUUCUGUGUACAACACCUGAUACGAAAGCUUGGAGAUGAGCCUUUUAUUGGUCAACGUGUAGUCCUUGCAGUCUCUCAAAAAAUUUGUAUUCAAGUAGAUAGCCUGCUCUUAACAGAUCCAUUUGAUGAUGCUUACCUUGGUGCAAAUGACAGCAUGUUUUUGAUGAUUCAACUUAUUGAGUUCUUGAUAUCAGAUUAUUUGUCCAUAUGGACAGCCAAUGAAGAUUUUGAUUGGAGGUUGCUUGAGGAGUGGACGAGAUCAGUCCUACAGGCCCGCAAUGCCCUGGUACUUCUGGAGAGCAGGAACGGUCUAUAUGUUCUCUUCAUUGAACGAGUUAUUAGAGAAAUUGGAAAACAAUUGGGUCCACUUCAACAACAAGGGAAGCUCAACCUGGACAUCCUGUCCAACCUACAUUUCUAA